ACGCGAGGCAGCAACAUGGUGGCCGCGAAGAAAACGAAAAAGUCGCUAGAGUCCAUAAACUCAAGGCUUCAACUGGUUAUGAAAAGUGGUAAAUAUGUGCUAGGGUACAAACAGACUCUGAAAAUGAUUCGGCAGGGCAAAGCCAAGUUGGUCAUCCUAGCCAACAACUGUCCUGCUUUGAGAAAAUCAGAGAUUGAGUACUAUGCUAUGUUGGCAAAGACUGGUGUGCAUCACUACAGUGGCAACAAUAUUGAAUUGGGUACAGCAUGUGGAAAAUACUACAGAGUGUGCACACUGGCUAUCAUUGAUCCAGGCGAUUCUGACAUCAUUAGAAGCAUGCCAGAGCAGACCAGUGAGAAGUAAAAGCUGGAGAGCUGUCAUCCCUUCUAUAAUAAAACUGGUUAUAGACUUUUUUU